AACAAUAGAUCCUGGUACACACACUCAAAAGAAACUAGCCUAGACAGCAUCGUUGAACUGCAUUCUCAGCCUCAUCGCCUUGGGCAAGCCCUUCUGGUUGGCAUCAAUGGCCCUGAGGGGUCGAGUUCGGGUUCUAACCAGAGCCACCCUUCAUCAUCUCACUUCAACUCCAAAACCACCAUCACCACCAACUUUGCCAACACAAAAAUCCCACUCCUUUUCAUCAACAACAGCCCCAACUGCUUCUCACCAGUCCCACUACAGGAAACAGAUUUCCCUCGCCAAUGUCCUCCAAAGGUACGGUUUCCCAACCUCACAACUCCACAGUUUCCUCACAAGACACAGUUUUUUACUCAACAUCACUUCACAUGAGCUCGAAAACUCUCUGGGUGUUCUCUUAAAACUUAAAAUUCCACAGAAAUCUUUGGUUUCAUUGAUAUCUGACUGUCCUGGGGUCUUGGAAUUUGAAUUCCUUAGGAAGUGGGAAAUGGGUUUAUCUGAAUUCGGGUUUUCGGGUGCUUCCCCGAUGAUGAUCAUGAAUGUGCUCGAACUUGCUAGGAGAUUCCAGUUGGACCCAGAUGGAUUUUCUAGGAGUGUUAAGGUUUUGAGGGGUUUUGGGGUUACUGAUGGUGCUGUGAGCCGGGUUUUAGAGGGUUUUCCUAGAGUAAUUAUGAUGAAUGAGAAGGAAAUGCAUCGGAGAAUUGAAUUCUUGAUGGUAAUUGGGAUUCCAAGGAAUGAACUUGAUCGGGUGUUUCGUUCGUUUCCUAGUAUUUUAAGAUUUGGGGUUGAAGAUAGGUUGAAGCCAUUGCUUUCUGAGUUUGGGGGUUUGGGGUUUAGUGAGGAUUUGAUUAGGAAAGAAAUUGUUAGGGAGCCGAGAAUUCUUGGUAUGGAAUUGGGAGAACUUUCACGGUGUUUGGAAUUGCUGAGGACUUUGAAAUGCCGGGAGCCAAUCAAGGAGAAAAUUUUUAUUAAAGGAGCAUUUAGAGCUGGGUUUGAAGUGAAACUGAGAGUUGACUGCUUAUGCAAACAUGGUUUGAUUCGGAGAGAAUCUUUUAAGGUGUUGUGGAAAGAGCCAAGAUUGAUUAUAUAUGAGAUUGAGGACAUUGAGAAGAAGAUAGAGUUUUUGGUGCAUAGGAUGAAAUUCAAUGUUGGUUGCUUGGUUGAUGUACCUGAGUAUUUGGGUGUGAACUUUGAAAAACAGAUUGUUCCUCGAUACAAUGUGAUCGAGUAUUUGAGAGAAAAAGGUGGGCUUGGUUUUGAAUUGCAGUUGAAGGAUUUGAUAAAGCCAAGUAGGCUUAGAUUUUACAAUCUUUAUGUCAAGCCAUAUCCGGAGUGUGAAAAAAUGUUUGGGAGAUUUUCAGGUAGUGUUGAAGUUAAAAGCCAACAUCCAGUUGGUCUUUGGAAGCUCUUUAAGGCACAACAGCACUCAGACUCCAAGGAAGAUGUGAUAAACAUGAAAUGCUUCAUGGAAUCACUAGGUUAAAGGAGGAGAGAGAGAAGAGAUUGGUCUCAUGAAGUGCUUCAUGAAUCAUCUUCGUUAUCUGAAUUGAAGAGUUCAUGAUUGAGUUUUUUCUGUUACAUUCUCAAUGAUGAAGUUUGAUUUCAUGAUUAUUUUUCUUCUAGUGUUUGGUAAAGGAUCCCUGCAUUGUAUGAGAAUGUAUUCUGCAGACAUUUCCUGACUUGGCUUUUGAUAGAUGCUCUUUUGGAUGCAUGCAAACCUCUUGUUGAAGUAGCAGGAAUACAUUACUGUUGGGACUUAACUUACUACUCAUAAAGGAAAUUUGGUGGUGUGCUUGCUGAUAUGCAUGCUAGUUAAAUGAAUGGCUGAUGUAACAUUGGAUGAGCAAGAGACUAGAGGAAGUGGAUUACAAGCAACUUCAGGAAAGUAAGCUGUGGGGCUGAAAUUUCUGGUUCUUUUCUCAAUGUUGCUGAUUUACUUGGCUCGUAGUUGUCACAGAAACUAGGUUGCAAUAUUAAUCCUCCUCCUGCUUCAUAAUUUUUGAAGCACAUUGUACUGUUCAGACCUUUACUUUCUUUAUGCAAAAGAGGGUGGCAAUCAGCAAAAAUUGGAUGCUGCGCCACUCAUUCACUGACCUGUACAUUAUACUUGAUUUAGCAAAUUAGUUUGUAAUUAUACAUAUAAGAAAGAAGACUGUGUGUAAUUUUAUUAAGAUUGUUUGUCUUGCACUUAGGGAAUAUUGCUCGAGCAGAUCAAC